CCUUGUUUUCUUUGGAACCAAAGGGCGUACAAAGAGAACAUCCUGGAACUGACUUGCUAGGUUUUUAAUUCUGUGCCUGCAUCCAGGAAGCGAUCUCCCAGGAGAAAUUCCACAGAAAUCCCACGAACAAAUCGAAAACAAGACCCCGCCCAACAAGGGGAAGCUGUGGUCAAAACCUUUAUUCCGGAACUCAGCGCCAUUUCCUGCACCCUGGGCGGGGUUGCCUUCUCUUCUUUGCGGUUCUACAGCACUUGAGAGAGACCCGGGUGAAGAAAAUGAAGGUUUCUCGGAGCUCAGAGGGUCUGGUCACUGUGGCACGCCUUGCAGCUUUCUGCCCAGGCAGAGUCCAGCUGGCGGUCUUGCUGCUAUCCCUGGCGCCAUCUACUUUAGGUCAGUGCACAGAGCCACCAUGGUUUUCAUUUGCCAGCCGUAUAAAUAAAACUGAUGAAUCCAAUUUUCCCAUUGGAACAUCUUUGAUGUAUGAAUGCCGCCCAGGAUAUUUCAAGAGGCAGUUCUCCAUCAUCUGCCAACAAAACUCAGAAUGGACAAGUGCUGAAGAUAUCUGUAUAAGGAAAUCAUGUAACACUCCUAAAGAUCCUCAGAAUGGCAUAGUACAUGUACACACAGACGUUCAGUUUGGAUCCAGUAUUGAUUAUACCUGUAAUCCAGGAUACUACCUCAUUGGUCCCUCCUCUGCUGUAUGUAUAAUCUCAGAUCAAACUGUUGCUUGGGAUAAUGAGCCACCUGUUUGUCAGAUAAUUUCUUGUGAGAGACCCCCCUCCAUUGCCAAUGGAGAUUUCAUUUCUACCACAGAAGAUUUUCAUUAUGGAAUGGUGGUUACCUAUCACUGCAGAUCUGAUGCAAGAGGGAAGAAGCUCUUUAACCUGGUGGGUGAGGCAUCCUUACACUGUACCAGCAAUGAUGGAAAAGUUGGAGUCUGGAGUGGCCCUCCUCCUCAGUGCAUUGAACUCAAUAAAUGUACACCUCCUCAUGUUGAAAAUGCAUUCAUAGUGUCUGAAAACAGAAGCUUGUUUUCCUUAAGGGAUACUGUGGAGUUUAGAUGUCAGCCUGGCUUUCGCAUGGAAGGAGCCAGCAGUGUGCGUUGUCAUGACCUAAACAAAUGGGAACCAGGAUUACCAACCUGUUUCAAGGUGAAAUCCUGUGGUGCUUUCCUGGAACAUCUUCCUAAUGGACGUGUGCUGUUUCCACUAAAUCUUCAACUUGGAGCCAAAGUGUCCUUUGUUUGUAAUCAAGGGUUUCAAUUAAAAGGCAAUUCUGCUAGUCAUUGUGUUCUGUCUGGAAGGGACAGUGUUUGGGAUAGCCAUGUUCCUGUGUGUGAAAAAGUGAUAUGUAGCCUCCCAGAGUAUAUGAGUGGAGUCCGGAAAGAGUUGAAAAUGAAAGAAUAUUACUAUGGAAAUAAUAUAACUUUGGAAUGUGAGGAUGGGUAUACCCUAGAAGGCAGUUCUCAGAGCCAGUGCCAGUCAGAUGCUAGCUGGGAUCCUCCUCUGGCCAAAUGUGUAUCUGGUACAAACAUCAGUCUCAUAGCUGGCAUUGUCUUUGGGGUGAUCUUUAUUUUACUUGUCAUUGUUUGCUAUUGGCUGAUUCGGAAAUAUAAAAAACGCAACACCACAGAUGAAAAGUGUAAAGAAGUGAGUAUCCAUUUCAAUUCUCAAGAAGACAGCUGUAUUCAUCCUCAAGCUCUGCUCACAAGUCAGGAGAAUAGCAGUUCCACUAGCCCACCUCGGAACUCACUCAUCCAAGAGGCCUCCUAAAUAGCCACAUUGCAAAGUGAUGACUGUCUGGAACACCAAGCAAAUCCUGCCUGUAAUGUCUUAUACAUGUAUAAAAUUUAUACAUGUAAUUCCAGCACUUGAGAGGUUGA